CUCUUUUCUUCUCAAUAGAGCGUGACAUUUCAGAGGACAUUGUAAGCGAAUAGAAAAGCCGAGAACGGAUAAAAUACCAGUGACAUACAGGUUUUUAAACCGAGUCAUCAAUUCUUGGAACCUGUUACCCGAAGCAGUGUGGUCCGCACAUUUACUUGACACAUUCAAGAGAAGAAUGGACACUCACGGAAGCAUACUAGAAAAGGAAUGACACAGGCAGUCGGCCUUCUGUUAUUACUACACAAAUGUGAAUCUGAACCAGUGACCUUGAAGACGUCCGCCGCCCAAGUGGGGUAACGACUUUAGCACCACACCUCCCACUUCUAGUUCCUGUUACAAGAUUACAGUAAUCUGAGGCUUGUGUUACUUCUACUUGUUGUUGACUGCUUUCCUUGAUGAAUCAAUUGUCACCCACGCUUUGCAUGCUCUAUUAGUACACGAAGUACCUUCUGGCUAGACACGUACAACUACAUCGAUGGCAAGGCCUCGCCGGUGUCUCUACGGUAAUUGUGUCAAGUAUAGGAUAUCGUCGACUAGAAAAUUCCUUAGCACCAACUAAUGAAAAACGACUACGAUAACAAUCUGUCAUUGGCAACUGGAGGUUUCGAUCAUACUAUCCGAAUGUGGCAACCAAGCACUGGAAAAUAUAUCCAAGGUUUUCAGCACAAUGAAUCACAGGUAAACGCUCUUGAAUUUUCCCGCGACGGACAGUACCUAGCAGCUGGUGGUUAUGGUCGAGUUCGUAUCUAUGAUGUCCAGGGUCCCGCAACACCCUUCGUUAUGGUCUCAGAUUUCACAAAGAAUGUAAACACGGUUGGCUUUAAUGACACAGGGAACUGGAUGUUUGCAGGAGCUGAAGAUCGUGUAGCCAAGAUUAUAGAUUGGCGAGCCGGUGGAAAUCUGUGGAUAACACGUAUUUAUCAGACGUCCUCGAGCAUUAAUACAAUGCUGCUUCAUCGCAAUCAACAUGAAAUUCUCAUCGGAACAAGUAAAGGGGAAGUUAUAGUUUGGGACCUUCGCAACAAUGCAGCCAAUUCUAUAUGCACUGAUGGCCAAAAUGAACCUAUUCAUAGUUUAUCUAUUGACCAGGAAGUAACUUCAUUAGCUGCAGUUAACUCUGCUGGACAACUUAUUGUUUGGUCUUUAACAGGUGAUUCUGCUUGGAAACCUAUCGAAAAAAAUCGGCAGAAAAUACACCCAACAUACGUUCUAAAAGUUCAAUUUUCACCAGAUAGUACAUUGAUAGCUACUGGGGGAGGUGAUGGGAAAUUUAAUCUUUUGAAGACAGCUGAUUUUAGUUUAGUUACAACCCGACAGGGUAGUCCAUCAGGUCAUCACUGGGUUUGGGAUUGCGCAUUUUCGGCAGACUCUCGCUUUUUGCUCACUGCGACUUCCGAUGGAGUUGCUCGCUUAUGGAAUUUGGAGACAGGUGAAGUACCCGUUGAAUACAAAGGACAUCAGAGAGCAAUCACUUGUAUGGCCUUCCGUGACCAUUCUUUAAAGUCUAUGUAGUUUUUUACUCAAUGAAAACCAAAUGAGUCGCAUGAAAACAAAUGCUUGGUCCUGUGCGUAUCGUCUUUGCUAUUUAAUUGCUCCCUAAGACUAGAUCAAAAAGAAUGGUAAUAUUCACUUUUUUAAAGCUGUUAUAGACAUGAAGUUCUGAGCUAUUUGGGAAAAUGUCAGUUUGUUUUCUUAGCAUGGUACAGCAUAUGCUAAUGCUUGGAAAGUGCUGCUGUUUAUAACACAAGACUUCCGAAUUAGAGUACAAUUUCGAACAAUUUAAUUUAUGUGAAUUCAUAGAAAAAUCAAUCUUCAAUGAUUUCACAAGAUUUAUACUUUUUACAGUGACGUUCAUACAAUAAAAUACAUGUAUUGUGUGAAUCCGCAUUUUCCUAAGUUAUUUAGACCCACAAGUUGUAGUUAUUACGCUUUCCGAAGUUUCUUUGUUUGUCGCGCAGGUUUUUGUAGUUAACAAAGAGAUUCGUUCUUAAAGCAUAUCAACUGGACGUUUCCGUUCUGUUUGUUUUCUCAACAUGAUUUAAAUGUAUCUCUUUUUUACUGAUAUCAAUAAAACUACCUUCACCUCUUUGCUCUUUUUUGUUUUUCUCCUGAUUUGCUGACAUACACCUUCAGCCAAUAUGUCUUAGGUUUCAUUGAAAUCAAGAACUGACCAAUGAUCUGAAGUUUAAGCGUUCGCAUGUUACCUCCUUCGGGCAUUAAAGUCACCUGCAACGAGUACUAUGUCUGAGCGUUUAGCUUUAUGAAUUUCAGAGAGCUUUCUGUAAAAGUCGUCUCUCACUUCAUCCGGGCUGCAG